AGAACCAUAUGACGACCCUUACUACCGACAAGACCCAGCGUACGACAGAGAACGACCGUACGAUCGUUUCGACGACUUGGACCGACGACGUGACAUCGGACGAGAUCGUUACGACGACCUAUAUCCCGACGCAAGACCACGUGACUACCGACACGGUGCGAAUCGUGAUCCUGCUUCAGCCGUCCUUACCGGGCGCGAGGCAUUGUUACAGUCGCAAUCUAUUGAUUAUAAACAUGGCUGGAGGGAGGAAGAACGAGAAAGAAGACGGCAUCCCCCGGAUAGAUAUGAUGAGAGGGAUUACCCCCCGGAACCAGUCCCGCCUCCUAAACCAAAGGCUGAGAUCGUGGCUAUUAGUGACCUACUUGAGGCUCCUGGAAGAGAUACGAGGCCAGAGAGGGUAAGACUUUCUCCAUUAAGGCUUGGCUUACACUAUCAAUGUUUAACACAAUUCCUUCAAACAUCACAGCAACUAGAUAGUGUCAAGCAGCCUUUACGGUCGUUUUAGGACCUUUAGAUCGUUUAAGACUCAUAUGUUGACUUUGGUAUUAAUUUUAGAUUGUGUUUAUAUUCCGUGGUGUGCCAGGAAGUGGAAAGACUCACAUCGCAAGACUUAUCAAGGUGUGUACUAUGGAACGCUGUUUUCAAACUGCAUAAAAAAACAUACUAAUUUUAAGCUUUGAGGUUAUCACCCUAGUGUCGAGUUUUAUGGAGGACACCUUUCGAUACGUUUGUCUCUUGAACAUACUUACAGCACAUACGUAUUUACGUCUCUGAUGUUUGUUUAAUCAUUGUAGGACAAAGAAGUGGCAUGCGGAGCCCACGCCCCUCGUAUUCUUAGUUUGGAUGAUUAUUUCUUGCAAGAAACGAGCAAACAGGAAGAAGAUCCAGAAACUGGGAAGAAAGUUGAAGUGAAGGUAACAUACGAACAGAAUACAUGCAGUAUUGCGUCUAUACGUGUUGAUCGUUACUCAUAUGAGUCGUAUUAUAAAAAUCAAUGUUUGCAUGAUAUGCAUUUUUAUGAUUUUUAAACUUUUCUAUUUUAAAUAUAACCGUAUGUAUUCAACUAAAUGAUCUAGUAUGUAUGAGUUGUGGUAAGCAAAUGAAAUGAAAUAUAUCUAUAGAAUUUUACCUGCUAUUUGUUUUUGACUUGGCAGUUCAAAUUUGUUUUUGCCUGCUAUUUCUAAAAUAUGGCCUGCUUUUGGCCAUUGGUAGCCCGCUAUUUCGAGCCGUGCGUUCGAGAUGCUAAAUUAUUCCUCCUGCGAGCACUGUAGAAGAUUGAACCACCUGAAAAAUACAAAAAGAACUUUCGAAGGAGCGAAAGCCCUGGUGCUUGCAGUUUGGUUCCUCGCUACCUACACUAGCUUCCACUAUUCUAAAUGAUUGGUCGUUCAUUUUACAGGGAACAGAGUAUGUAUAUGAGGAAGAAUUGGAAGAGAGUUAUCGUAAAAGUUUGUUCAAAUCAUUCAAUAAGACAUUGGAUGAUGGCUUCUUUCCAAUGGUUAUUCUGGAUUGCGUUAACGAUAAAGUUGAUCAUUUUGAUCAUUUCUGGAGUAUUGCUAAACAGAAAGGAUUUGAGGUAUAGUUAUUUCUUACAUAUAUGCAUCAGCACUAACCCGAGACUAAGGCUAAAGCCCGUUCAAACGAUUGAAACUCGACCUUACAGAGAUCAAUCUCUCAUGUUUUGAGGUAUGUCCUAAAGCUGGAUUUCCACUUGCAAGAAAAAUUUCGCAGUCGAAUUUUUUCGCUCAAUUUCUUUUGAAUUGUGUCAAGUAGAACUAAUGUAUUCUGAUGGUCACAAUUCAAAAGAAAUCAAGCGAAAUAUUUCUCUGUAAGUGGAAAUCCACCUUGGGUUAAAGGAUUACCCGGCCUCGGUGGAAAUAAAGAUUUCCGCCAGAAAUUUCAGACAUCUGGGAAUGCGAUGCGCGGCUCCGUCAACCCCUUUUCUAAGAUGUUUUGGUAUAAAACUAUAUUCUCUUUUAUUGUAGGUAUAUAUUGCAGAGAUGACUGCCGAUGCCAAUGACUGUGCGAAAAGAAACCCCCAUGACAGAUCUCUUGAAGAUAUUAACAAAGUAUGUCCCGUUUGAUUUUGCUUUUUAGACGUGGAAUGCUAGCUACUGUAUAUAGAAACUACCCUAUUCGCCUUGGACUGUAUAUAACGUCGCUGUUAUUUGUUAUUGUUUAUGUUAGAUGUUAGAGACUUGGGAAGAGACGCCAGCUCACUAUAUUAGAUUGGAUGUACGCUCUUUAUUGCAAGAUGCUGCCAUUACUGAGGUUGGUAAAAUAAUUUGUUAACCACACACACUUCUGAUCUUAGUUCGCCGACAAGUUUUUACAUGUUACAAUAUUGCUACAACGGUAUUCAACCAUGACCUUUGAAGGUCGACGAGGUUCAAAAAUCCUGUCAUCCCUUUUUCUGACAACUGUGAACAACUGCAAAUAUUUGUGCGAAGUGUGCGCAGGUUUCCAGUUGGGGUGGAAAAAAAUAGGCGAACACGCGAGCACUGCUCGCAGGAAAUGUUAAACAGCUGCAGGAAUUCGUUUGAAUGAAGAUUUGCUAUUGCAAAAUUUGAAGGAAACCUAACACCCAUGUCUAUGGGCGCAACAACAUAUGGUUGACAGACAUUAUUCCUUGAAUUUAAAACCAUGGUCAGCUAGAAUAUGUUUAUGCACAUGAGAUUUAGCACAAAAAUACUCUGUUGGUCUGCAGGAACUUUUUGUCUUCAGGCUGUGCUCCCAGGAAGAAAAUUAUUUUUUCCUGCCCUGGGUUUUUGUCUGUGUAUUCAACAUCCUAACAUUUCUUCCAGGUUGAAAUGGAAGCGGUGGAGGAACCUGACGCAAGUAAAGAAGGGGACGGGGAAGCUGACGAAGAGCAAGACGCAGAAGAAGCUGGACUUGAGGUAGAGGUAACCGUUUGUAGAAAUAUAUGUCCGGGAUUGCUAGGGAUAUGAAGGUAUAGUGUGUAAGCAGGGGUAUAAAGCAGGUGGUAUACAGGGAUAUAAAGGAAGGGGAUACGGGGGUAUAAUGAUUAAUAUAGUUACAUGAAGGGCUAUUCUUCACUCGUAUAUUUAACCCCGCUAAUACUGAAACCUAUAACCAUCAAAACUCGCUUGCAGCUGCUAAAAUAUACGUGAAAAUAAGCAAAGCGUACAAGCUUAGUGGUAUACCUUUAAAUGAACAACAAAACGUAUAAUGUUUUCUUUGCAAAGCAACAAUGGAAACUAUACGUUCUUGUUCAAACAAAGGCAAAGUCUCCCUGAAAACGUGGGGAAUCUUUGUAUUUAAAUUCUAAACGUGUUGAUCCGUGGAGAACGAAAGUGUUUCGUGUUUGAGUGUUAUUUCUUGAGGAAGUACAGACUAACGAUUCCAUGUUGUAGCAGGAAGACUCCCUCUUCAAGAGUCGCUGGAAUGACACGGAUGUCAACGAGAAAACACUAGGUAAGAUUUAAUUUAUUAGUCGUAUAUGUCGAAAGAUGUGCGAUGCAAAUUGUGUCUUGGUGAUACACAGGGCCAGCAACUCAGGCCAGCCUGAGAACGUUUUGUUAUACAAAUUUUAGAUGGAUAUACAGUACAGACAUAGACCAAAAAAUUACACAUAAAUUGAUAGUAACUAGUAUUACUACCUCUUUGAGUACAAAUGUCUCUGAUGAUUAGUCACAUUCCAUGCCGUAUUUGCAAAUAUUGAAUAAAUAUUAUUCCGAACAAGAUGUAUGCGCAUUCAUUUUUCGGAAUGACUUUUCUUUUAUAUUUGCUAAACUAUCGGCAGGCAAAAUAAACGUCUUGAAACUUUACACAAUCCUUGGGAUCUCUUAGUUCUGUAAAUGAUGAAAUAAAUAUUAUCAUCGACAGCAUUCUACACUAUAGGAGCUUGAAAUCGAGUUUUGAAUUUACCAUAGGCUGAUCUCUUCGGUAAUUAAUCAAUGCUAUAUUUUGAACUUCUUUUCAGAUAAACUUGAUGGUAUCAGACCACGUGGUACGAAGAGAAAAGCCCAUGAUUCUCCACUGGCUGAGGAUCUCGACGAUGACCCGUAUGAUGAGAGAGAAGAAGAUAUGAGACUGGGGAAGAAAAGGGUCAGUUGAAUAUGGGCAUUCAAGGUUCCCGACGCCAUAAUGAAACACAAUAGUGCAAGGGAUUCAAACACAAUGGAAUUCCCUAUACGUCAAUUUGCAGGGGGUGCAAACAAUAGAUUCAAGAUGGCGUCGGAAACCUUAAAUCCCCCUUUUGUCACCUUUUUAAGUCCGUUUUAUACCUGACUGCACUGCAAGUAGUAACAUAUAUCAUAAUAUAGAAAAAUUAAGUCAUUACAAAUGAGUAAAGUUGACAGAAAAAACCCACACAGUUCAGUUUCUGGGGAGAAACUCUAACUGCUGAUACUGAAUGGUAUCAACAAUUUAAUGAAACUGUAAAGGUCCAUUUCCACUGAAGAAAAUUUUCCAUGGACAGAAAAUUUUCCGAAAAUAUAAUUGUUAAAAGUUGAAAAUUUUCAACUUCAAAAUUUUUUCAAAACGGAAAAUUUGUGUCGGCCAAUCACAUUUUACAAAAUUUUUCUUUCUGCGGAAAUGGGCCUUGACUGUUGAUACUGAAUGGCUCUAUCAGUCGUGUUUAAUUGUGCUUUCUAAAGAAUGGGUGAGGGUCACCCCUUGUUGGUCCAGUGCUCCAUUUUCAUUUUUCUCGUUAAGGAAUUGUGACAAUAAUGUUCACCUUGCUGUGUUUGUUUUACUCCAGGUCCGUUGGGCGGAUAUCGAGGAUCGCAAACAUUUAGAACAUCGUCGUAAAAUUGGUUUCUGUAUCGGAACUGACUGGAGUAUACUUACUAAUCCAGAUGCUGAAAUUCCACAAUAAAACCAUCCAUUUGGUAAGUUUCUAUAAUUAUGAGUAUAUAUAUUUCAUAUGUAGUUAUUAAUCCUCUAUUAAGUCACCCCACCCCCACCCCCCGGACUUAUUUAUAUAGUAUGGGUCCAGCUUGAGGAGGCUUAUUGGUAGGGUGAGGCUUGUUUGAGGUGAGGAUUUAGUUGGAACCCAAUAGAGUAAAGCCGGUGUACACUAUCAAAGUUUCUGUGAUCACAGUAGGAAUUUUGCAUAGGUAAAUUCUAAGUUUUAAAGGAUUUGUAAGAAAUGUUUGUUGGAACUGACUCUUUGUCAACACAUGAGUAGAGUGAUAGUGUAGACCAGCCUUGUAGGUCAAUGAUCUAAUCAUUACACAGGUGUUUCUUUGUUGGAAAACGAGAAGGGUUUAAAGGGUGAGUUAGAGAGGAGACUUAGGGCUGAUUUAUGGAGGCGAGUUACCUGGCUAAGCGAGUUGAAAACUGCAUAUCAUUAUAAAAAGACUACUGAGCCUAAGCCUUUGAUCUUAUGCGCUUUUCAAUUCGAUUAGCCGGGUUACUCGCCUCCAUAUAAUAAGGGCCUUAAUGGUGAAUGAAGCAAGAAUUUCUUGUUACAGUACUGCAAGUUUUUCUGACUACUGUUUAUUAUUCUAGGUGGUGGUAUUCUAAAAUAAGCUGUGGCUUAUAUUGACGAAGUAGACGAUGUUUCUCUCCUUGUUGUGUAAUUUCAAGACUCGACGAAGCUUGAAUAUCUUAGGUAGUGAUUUAGUUCUGCUUAGAAAUUUACAAAGUUUUAGUUUUGUUGUAGACUGGCUGCCAAAGCAGCCGUGACCGCGGGGAACAAGGACCCUUUCGUUUUCAUUGUGUUGGCCUGACACAAAUAUCUAAAAAUUUCAAGUUUUAAAUUUAACAUUUAAGUUCAUACAUCGCAAAUACUCAGUGAACGUGCUCCUGCAUUUGCUGUUCAAUAUUUCCUUUUUUUGUUGUUGUAUAACGUCCACAGCGGAGAAGCAGAGAUCUGCACAUGCGCCAAAAGUUCGCUGAAAUACAGUAAGCCAAUAGACCUUAUGCAUAAUGACGUCACAAGGCUUGAUGCCCGCGAGGAAUGCUGGUCUUAGUGUCAUCUCCCGGGAAAAUUUCGACAGCGGCCAUUUUGAAUUGUUUAAUUUUCCCGGGCGAUGACUACUAAGACCAGCACUCCUCGCGGGCAUCAAGCCCUGUGACGUUAUUAUGCUCAAGGUCUAUUCAUACUGCGCACGCAAAUAACGCGUUCUACGUCGAGAUGAAAUUACACUUGAAUCAUAACACGCAUCUGAGACCGGAAUAUUUCAAAUAUGCAUAUGAAAUUGUUCAAUAAUCCGUGUGUGUUUUACACACAACGACAAUAGAACUGUCGUAAAAUAGUUUUUUGUAAUAAUUACAAAUUUUAUCUGGUAAAUGAUUUUACACAUGAAUAAUAUUUUCUAAUUUAAAGUGAGUCAAUCGUGCGGAAAUUUAUUAUUCUUCGAGCAAUUUUUGCAUAAUGAAUAAUGAUUAAUUAUUUUUCUAAAAUAAUUAAUCAUUAUUUAUAGUGUUUGAAUAAUGAUUAGUUGAAUACUUUUAUAUGCAUAUCUUAAAUAUUCCGCCUCAGCUAUGAUUCCAGUGCAAUUUUAUGUCGAUGUAGAACGUGUUACUUGGGUGCGCAGUUGACUGUAUUGUCCUGAAUUGUCUUAACAUGGUGAAACAAGGUGUGAACAACGUGUUUCAAGGAUGGUAGUUUGUCGAAUUGCAACAGCUUUGAAACGUUGUCAGAACAGCUUGUAACAACUGACAAGCUUUGUCCUGGUUGUUAGUAACAAACGGUUGUCAAUUUGUCAACAAACUAUGAACACAACCUGGCACUUGUUGAUUAUAAACCCAGUUUUCCAUUUCAAUGCGUUCUCUUUUGUGUUGAAGGCACUAGUUCUGUCCUUGUGCCGUAGAAACAAACAAAUACGCUAUUUUACUGUACGUUCGAAGUGGAAAACCGGCUUAAUUAUAGUUACUUUUGGCGCUGUGUGGGCUGUGUAAUAUCAUAAAUGAAGCGCGGCGACGAUGUUGCAGUAAAUAUAUGUGUAAUGAAGCCUUGAAAAUGGGACUGAAAAGUACUGUUCCAGAUAGACGCGAAAUUCUUCAAAAUGUACUUGGUUCGUAUUUGCUUUUGUAGUAUUUGCUUUUUAGUAUUAAAUCCAAACAAAAUGAAUUCUGAACAAAUUGACUUCUCUAUACAUACAAAAUAAAGGUCCUCUUGACUUUAAAAUCGUGUCUGGACUUUAAAGGUAGUCAAACAGCCCAUGAUAAAGCUAUGUUGAAUAAUUAAUAUUUGAAAAGUAAAGUCCUGUGGGAAUAUAAGCAAUAGAGGAUGUCUGCCAGCAAAAGUACGAGCAAUAGCUUCGUACAAAAAUGAAAAACAAAUGCACGCUAAAAAGUACGGGGAAAUAAAAGAUUCGUACAAAAAUGCGACGCGCGAAAAAAAGAUGGGAAAUAACGGCUUUGUGCAAUGAAAAAUCCAAAAUACAAACCGCGCCUUAAAAGCUUCCAGCAAUUAAAAAGUGCAAACAAAAGCGCGCUAAACAAUAAAAACAAAAAUAAAAAGUUCGUCCGAUAUAUGCUUCGUACUACGGGAAAUGCAGAAACAAAAGUUGCGCGUUAGAAAAUACGGGGAAUAAAUCAUCCUACAACAAGACGCGAAAGUAAAACGCGCGGUAAAAGAUACGGGUCGCAAAAAAAGUCGUAAUACAAAAACUGUGAGGGUGAAGACAAUGGGGUUUUGGUAGUGAUUGACCGAUUGUGCAACAAUCUGAAAUUACCGAUUACCUAUUAUUCAUGGCAGAUACCGAUGCCGAUUUUAUAAUGACGUCAUAAUAUCAGCUGAAAUGUGACGUCAUUCAUGUCGAUUUUUUAACAAUAAUUUCCAGCGUAACAUGUUACUGCAACCAAAGAUCGUUAAAAC